GCUAGCUGGGUGCUCGUUGCUACGGCAACGUUUGUUAGUAGUCGUGGACAACGAUCACUUUUUUUAAACAUUUUUUUCCAACAAACGGUUUUACUGGAAAAAAGAGAGUGUCAACUUGAACAUUUAACUAUCAAAGGUUUUUCCUCACUUUUCGGUGACACAAAGUGAUCGUGCACUGGAUUUUCAACAUGGACCUGGAGCCCAAAGACGUUGCACAGCUUGAACUGGCGGCCGUUUCCGGUUUCAAUGGACAAGUACAUUUCGGCAUGAGACUUCAUCCGACCAAAGAGCACCUCAUCUUCCCUCUGGGAUGCACCGUGGUCCUGAGACGGAUCAAAGACGGCAAGAGGGACUUCCUGCACGGUCACACCAGCGACGUGUCCUGCCUCUCCAUGUCCAAAAGUGGGGUGUACAUCGCCUCUGGACAAAUCAAUUACAAUGACUUUGAGGCCGAGAUAAUCGUCUGGGACUACGCGGAGCGAUCCCUGUACACAAAGUUUGUCAUCCACGAAUCCAAGAUUGAAGCGCUGGCCUUCUCUCCCAACGACAAGUAUCUGGUGUCCCUCGGGGGUCAAGACGAUGGAAGAAUACUCUUGUGGAACCUCGAGACCAAGCAGGCCAUCUGCUCGGCUCCGGCGUUACCUUUGAGUUUAUGUCACCGCCUCACGGUCAAGUACUCCAACACCAACGACAACAUAUUCGUCUCUGCCGGCAGGGCGACUUUGCAGAUCUGGGAACUGGACGAAUUCAACAAGAUUAAACCUACCGACUGUAAAAUGCGCAAGCUGAAGAGGACGGUGAAAUGCAUCGAGUUCGCACCGGACGAUGAGUUCAUUUUCUGCGGCACUGCCAGUGGCGACAUCUUGAAAAUCCACACCAAGACCAAGACUCUGAGCAACUACGGUCCGAUGAAAACUAAACACAGCCUGGGGGCAAAUGUCCUAAAGGUGUUAAAUACGGGUGAACUACUUGUUGGGUCCGGAUUUGGCACCUUGACGCUGUGCUCCUCGGCCAACUUUAAAGCUCUCAAACACGUGCAGAUGAACAACGGGGUGACCUCCAUCGCUCUCGAAGACGACGGCCGCCACUUUUUCGUCGGGACGGACGCGUCCGAGAUCUUCUGCCUGGAUCUGAAGGACUUCAAAGCCGAGCUCGUGUCCGCCAGUCACCACGGCGCCGUCAAGGACGUCUCCAUCGCUUUCGGCUCCUCGGAGUUGUUUGUCACCGGGUCAGAGGAGGACAUCAGGGUGUGGCACAUCGACAAGUCCAAAGACCUCUUGAGGAUCCCGGAGCCCUGCCUGACCUGCAACUCUGUACACCUGAUGAUUGACGGACACAGCAUCGUCACGGGAUGGAACGACGGCAGGAUCCGCGUAUUCGCCCCGCAAAGCGGCCGCCUCAUGCAAAUCAUUCACAACGCGCACCGGAUCGCCGUGUCGGCCGUCAAAGGGUCCACGGACUGCAAAAAGAUCGUCAGCGGGGGGCAGGACGGAACGGUUUGCGUUUGGGAGCUGCUGAAGCACGGCCACCGACGGCUCGCGUUCUUGACGGAGCACAAAGCCACCGUCAAGUGCGUCCAGAUCAAGAGCGACGACAAGGAGAGCGUGACUGCCAGCAUGGACGGAACCUGCAUCAUCUGGGAUAUUGUAAAAUUUGUGCGGAUUCGGAAGAUAAUCACCAAAAACUCGUCAUUCAAGACCGUGUGCUACCAUCCCGAAGAACACCAGAUUGUCACCAGCGGCACAGACAGGAAGAUCGUCUACUGGGACGUGCACGACGGGACGGCCAUCAGAGAGCUGCAGGGCCCGCAGACGUCGGCCAUCAACUGCAUGCACAUCUCCCACGACGGCAGAUUCAUCGUGACGGGCGGCGACGACAAGCUGGUGAGGGUCUGGGACUACAUGGACGGGACCAUCACCCACGUCGGGAAAGCCCACGGCGGAGGGAUCACCAGCGUGGAGGUCUGCUGCAACAACAGGACCCUCAUCAGCACCAGCGCGGACGGCGCCAUCAUGCGCUGGAACUUUCCGCACCCCGUCCUGGACUGACUGUCCUGGAUAAGCAAAAACUGGGCACACUGCAACCGAGGCGGUCGAGUACUGGGAUGGGCGAACUCCACGUUUUCGUUUGAACGAAUAAAGCGGGGGACAGGGACCAGGCCCAGACCCAAGAAGAGCAAAAAAAAAUCUCUGCAUAAUUUAUGGUAACAAAAACAUUGUUUUGCCAGAAUUAUUUUUUUUGACACCCCCCGAAAAAAAAUCUGUUUUUUUUGUAGUUCACGCCCCCUCCCCCAACAAUGCUGUAUUGGUCAAAAUCGAGGUAUAAUUCCAAUCAUUUUUUUUUUUUUUGGGAUGGGUUGCCAUAUUGCACCAUCCAAGCGCUACAUCAUAACAAUUUCAAUUUUCACCCCCCAUCUGAGAGCAAUAAAAUUAACCUGGACUUGAAUUGCUGGUUAUCAAAAAUUUCUUAAUUUUCCCAUCACGUUGCUUCAUUUCUCCCGAAACCGAACUUUGAAACUGUUUACUUCGACAUCCACAGAAAAUAUUAUUUUUGUUUCUUUCCAGAUAUUAAGAAAAAAAAAAGUGUGGUCCGCGUUGGAAAAAUGACCCUUUUGUCCAAAUAUGUAUCGAGCUCAUCAUCAAAUCACGUCACUGGCCGGAAGUGCCGGUCGAGCAAAGCGUUCUUCAACGCUAAGUCGGUUGGAGACGGCGCGAAAAUACGUCUUCUAGCACGAGUUUUGUCCGAUACCAAUAAACAUUUAGAAGGUGAUAAUAAACGAAAAUAUGUGGAAAAAUGACAGACACUUGGCAUCGAGGACCCAUAUUUAAUGCCGAAUUUGAUGUUUUCGCCGAUAAGAAAUUGGACUAUCGCCCCGCUUCCGCUUGUCUUGGACAACUGGAUCGACAAAUGGAUCUGCCGAGUACUUUUUAGCCAUCAUGUGUCACUUUUAACCCUCUCUGGACCAUAUAAAAUUUUGUAAUUUUGUAAAAUCUGAUACUUUCAUAAAAUGAUACUCUGCACUUAGAAUUUUCGAUUAUAUUAAACCUGUUGCAAAUUUGCAACCCUUGCCCGGAAAGGGUUACUCGUCGUGCGAAGAUUUGUGUAACUCCGGUCUGUGUGCAAAAGCAUUAAAGUGAACCCAUCCAACAUGGCGGCGUCCCCCGGAUGUAGUCACAUGGUCGAAAACAGUCUCUUCACGUCCGCUGCUCACAAACAAAACAAAAAGAACCCCACAGGGGUGUGUGACUUUCGCAGCUCCCCGUGUUCAUUUCCCCGAAACGGCAACCAAACAAAA